AAAGAGGAGGAGCUUCAGCUAAUUUAAUGAAGAGCCAUCAGGCACAAGGGUUUCUAUUCAAGGGCGACAUGAAAAAAGACAAUGCUCAGGAGAGUUCUCAAUUUGUUUUUGAGGAGGAAGUAGCAAAGAGAAACUCCUCAAGCGCCAGGACAACCCUGAUGAUAAAAAAUAUUCCGAAUGUAUACAGAAUAAAGCGCAACCUUGGCUACGCCUUCGUAAACUUUACAUCAGCCAAAGCCACAUGGAAGCUGUACAAAGAAUUUCAUAUGCAACCGUGGAAAUGUUUGGACUCUAAAAGAACUUCAUUAAAAAUCUGUGAAAUUAUUUAUGCCAAAGUUCAGGGCCGAGCUGCUCUGGAAAGUCACUUUAAAAAGUACAAUUUUAGAGGUGUCUAUGCUAAAUAUUCACUACUGGUAUUUGACCCACCUCGUAAUGGAAAGGAAUCGAGAGAGAGCAGCAUGUCCAGUCAAAGGAGAGGAAGACUGCUGUAUGUUUGAAAGUGUUAGGAAGUAAAAUUUACAUUUAAUAAUCUAAGUAGUUUGUAGUUAGUUUAGUUGGGAAGUUCAUUCUGUUGAAAAAAUAAGUCAAUCCAUACAAUCAAUGGAUUGAAUAUAAUGAAAUUCAAUUUUAUUUCUAUGUACAAUGUAAAUUGUUUUUCUGUCUUUGCUGCUCUACAUUGAUAUCAGAGCAAUGAACAAUCUUGUGCCUGUGUCAUAAAAUUUGGAUAUGAUGUAUGAAAGCAUAAGUUAUUUGUAGAAGGCGGCUGAUCUCUCCAUUGCAAGGAGUGUUAAAUUCUAUUGGCGUCUAAAAUAACAUUCUUCAUUCAUUCGAAGUGUAGUCUUCAUUGUCUUCAGAGACAAGUCUGACGAAGUCAAGCUAUAUGGGCUUGUAAAGGAAUGUGGAAGGAGGUUUCAAAUUUGGAGAAGCGUUUGAAAUCUGUGUCAUAUCUUUCUGUUUUAGUCUGCUGCAAUCCAAAUCUGUUGGAUAGGUGCGAGAAAGAUAUUGUGUUUGGAGAAGCAUUGAUUGCAGAGAAAGCGCUGUAAAUUUUUUCAUCUGAAUUGUUUGUUGACGUACUUUUAUUCUGCAUAUUUGUUGGGCAAUUCUGUUGCUCUUUGGUACUUUUUGUCCUUGAUGACAAGAAAGAAAAAGAUGAUGUGUUGGCAUACACGGACAUACUGAUUUGGCUGACGUGUUAAGUGUUUUAAAACAUGUUCUUUGGAGCCAUGUUGGUGACAUGAUAGCUCUGACUUUGCAUUAAUGUUAAUGACAUCUUUGGUUUAAAAUUGCUACGGUUUAAAGGGCAUAUUCCUCAUGAUACUUAUUGUAUCGAACAAGUUAAUGUUUUUCUUGGAAGUUGCAUUUGGCGUUUCAUUUGUUUUGUUUUGGAGUCCGUCAAACCCUAACGCCGUGUGAGUCACAGUGCCGCUGGAGCUACAGAGCUCGAGUCAGUUACAGAGAAUGGUGCGAACAAUGGUUUCAUUCAAGAGAUUAACGGUUGACUGGUUAGUUUAUUUGUUCAGUUUGCAUUUAACAGGUAUGGUUCUUGAAACACAUGAUUUAAGAGAUUCUGUUUACCUUGGUUCGAAUUUUUCAGUUAUGCAAAAUAAAAAUAAGGAAGUGGUUGUGCUUUAUUUUUGUUUUUCAUGACUGGGAAAUUAAAAUGUCUUCCGUUGCACAGUUAGAAUCAGUUAUUUGUUUUUCAGUUUACAAAUCUUGUAAGUUAACGGGUUAUUUAAGAUGAAAACGGGAUUCUUUCUGCGUGUGCAUAAAAACAGUUUGACAAAUCAGUCUGUGAGAAGAAAAACGGAGAAACACAGUGCCAUAGUUUGAGUGUGAACAAAGUUCUAACAUUAAAACAGAGAAAUACAGUGCCGUGUUUUGAGUGUGAACAAAGUGGAAGCAUUAAACAGUGCCGUAGUUUAACAGAACCAGCCGAGGGUUUCUUGAGAAUCAAUACUCUGUUUUUGUUACAGAGUAUAUGAGGCUUCAUUGAAUUGAAACCAUAUUAUUCAGUGUUUAUUGAUUUGAAAUCAUACAGUACAGAGUAUUUGAGGUUU